AUGUUCAUGAUUGCAGUCGCAGGGCAAGUCGCAGUCAUGGUCGCGGGGCAGGUUGCAGUCAUGGUCAUGGUCACAGGACAGGCAGCGGGACAGGUCAUGGUCAUGGUCAUGGUCGCAGUCAUGGUUGGGGUCGUGGGUUUGGUGCAAGCCACAGUCAUGGUCGUGGGUUUAAUGCAAGUUGCGAGCAUGGUCUUGGUCGCAGGUUUGGUGCAAGUCCUGGUUGCGGGUUUGGUGCAAGUCAUGGUCAUGGUUGCAGUUGUGGUUGUGGUGCAAGUCGGGGUGCAAGUCACGGUCCUGGUGUUGGUUGCAGAGCAAGUCAUGGGGCAAGUCAUGGUCCUUUCGGACCAAUACCUGGUGCAAGCUCAGGGGAGGGUCGUGGUUAUCCUAUGGCAAGAGUUGCAGUCAUUGUAG